GACCUCACGACCACAGGAACGGAAAUCGAAAGGAAAGGAAGGCAGAACAACGUACAAAUUCACUGCGACUGGCGACCCGAGAAAAGCAGAACGAGGGAAGCAGAGUACAGGGCGUACAGCGGAGUCAACCCCGCAACGAGAACAAAUCAGCACAGACGGAGGGGACCACCCACCCACCACCAAAAUGGCCUUUGAGUCCAGCACAGCGUACCCUGAGUCCGACGCCGACGACGAGUACGAGCGCAGUGUGCAUGCGAGCAGCCCUGUGCAGGUUACCGACGACGACAGUGUGGAUAGUGGCAGCGAGGACGAUGAAUCGGGGAGUGGGAGCGAGCACACACCGACGACAUAUGGAAGGAUGAGCGGAGGGGAGAGGGGAGGGGGGGUUGUCGACUGGACAGCGGAGGAGUGUGCAGACUUUGUGGGCGGGUUGGGGUUGAGUGUUUAUACGGGCAUCUUUUUGGAGAACGAUAUUACGGGACAGAGUCUGGUGGCGCUGCUGCAUGAGGAUUUGAAGGAGAUGGGGAUUGGGAGUGUGGGACAUCGGUUGACGAUUCUGAAGAGCGUCUACGAAAUCAAGAUCAAGCAGGAUGUGAGGAUCGAGAGCGAUCACUAUGUGCCGUUAUCUGCCGAUGCAGAAGCACAGUAUGCCACAGCGACGCUCAAGGAUAUCAGACAACUAGUGGAGCAGUUACGGCUGCGAGACGAGCGGAUGAGCAUCGCAGAGGCUGAGAUGCGCAAGAUCACAGAAGAGUACCGUCGACUGCGAGAAGACCUGCUGCCCGUGUUCCGAAUGGCGAAGGAGGGACAACCACUCCCAUACCACCCCAACGCACCGAGCAGCCAGAACUACAACCAGCAAUACGCGGCAUAUGACAAUUCCGCGACUAUAUCUCCUCCAGCGCCCGGUCCAUCAUCAGGCCAGUCGGGAGGCGGACUCCAGCGAAAAUUCUCGACGAAGCAAUUUUUCCUUGGCUCCACUCCCAAGAACGCAUCGCCUACCCAUCAAUCCCAGGAGCGCACAAUGAUGGAGCAGGCGCUCGACCCAUCCGCAGCAGCUGAGCGAGCCGUCCUAUCCUCAUCACACCUCGCAGCGAUGAACGGCGGACAACCACAGACCUCUCCAGGACUAUCUCCCAAUAUUCCAUCUCCCACCUCGCCACCUCACCAACUCAAGACUCUCUCCGGCUCCACCCUCGCCUCCCGCUCCUACCGCAACGAGAUCAACACCCCCUCUAGCCGCAGCACAUUCACCGGCAACGAGAGCGAUACCCUCAACUCCUACCAAUCUUAUCCGCGCGACAGCAUGAAGCCCGGCGGACAGCCGCGGCGCGCCCCAACUCCCGCACUAGACGCACAGUCGUCAUCCGUUGAGAUCUUCAAGUCCUUCCGCGUGAGCAUGGAGGAUCCGUGCUGGAAGGUGUUGCCGGCCGCGCUCAAGAAGUACAACAUCAACGCACCGGCUGAGCAGUACGCCCUAUAUAUCGUAUUCGGAGACCAAGAGCGCUGUCUAGAGAGGGACGAGAAGCCGUUAAUUCUAUUUAAACAGCUGGAUAAGGAGGGGAAGAAGCCUAUGUUCAUGCUGAGAAAGACACAUCCGGAGGGGCCGGGGUCCGAGCCACCAGGGAGUGGGGGUUUGGACGGCAGGUUGCCGCUGAGGGGCAAUGGGCAGAGGGUGCAGCAGGCAUAUGAGCCGCCAGGGGGGAUUAUCUAAGGAUAAAUAAAUAAGGUGAUGGUGGCGAAGGUUUUGGUGAAGGAAUUGUUUUUGAGCAGCAUUGCAGAGUCGUUGUGGGAGUUAGGAUGGGGACGUGUCUGGCCGCGGAUCGGCGAAUGGGACAAAGUGCUUGGGAUGUAUGGAUUUAGAGCAGUAACUGGGCUCGUACGAAGGCGUUUCUUCUACAGGCUUCCGGUUGUCAAAAGAAAAACUGCGGGGAAAGUCGGAUUUAGCGACUUCUAUUUUGGAUAUUAGGGUUUUCACGGAGCAUAUACCUUCUAUAUCUUACUUUGUGUACUUCUUUUUACCCAUUCUCGAGUUGGGAAGGUUUCUGGUUGAUUCAUCCGUAGUUUUUUCGGUGCCAUAGCGCGCGGAGAUAUAUCUAUACGCUAGAUCAUUCACCUUAAACCCUUUGACUUUCUAGAACCGUGACUACUGGCUUCUGGUGUUCUAGUUCAGGUCCCCUAUUUACUUUUGCACACUAUUUCAUGGCGGCAUGAUAUCCCCGUGCUCU